AUGAUAAAUGCUACAGAGAUUACACAUUUCACUCUAAGUCCCUACUUUGACACUGGUGCAUACAGAUACUUGUAUUUCCUCAUUAUUCUAAUUUCUUAUGCUGCAAUUAUUUGUGCUAACCUCCUGCUGAUUGUGGUUAUCUGUGUGAACAGAAGCUUACAUGAACCUAUGUACAUGUUUCUGUGCAGCCUGUUUGUGAAUGAGCUGUAUGGUAGUACAGGGCUGUUUCCGUUCCUCCUGCUUCAGAUCCUCUCUGAUAUUCACACUGUUUCUAUUUCAUUUUGUUUCCUGCAGGUUUUCUGUGUGUACACUUACGCUUGUGUGGAGUUUAUAAACUUAGUCGUCAUGUCUUAUGACAGAUAUUAUGCCAUCUGCUGGCCUCUUCAAUAUAAAUCAUAUAUGACACAGAAAACAGUCACCAUGCUGAUUUCUCUAACGUGGUUAUUACCUUUUAUUAUGAUUGUCGUGCUUAUAUCUUUGAGUGCUCCUCUACAGCUCUGUGGAAACGUCAUCAAUAAAGUUUUUUGUGGAAACUAUGCCAUCAUUAAACUGGCCUGCUCUGACACCAGAGUCCAUAACAUCUUUGGACUCAUUUACACUUUCAUCUCUGUCAUUAUUCCUCUUGUUUUAAUCCUGUACACCUACGUGAGGAUCCUGAAAGUCUGUUUUUCUGGCUCCAAGCAGACCCGACAGAAAGCCGUCAGCACCUGCACGCCUCACCUCGCCUCCAUCUUGAAUUUUUUUUUCGGUUGCUGUUUUCAGAUAUUACAAAGCAGAUUUGACACAAAUGGUGUGCCGAAUGUUUUUGGCAUUUUAUCAUCAUUGUACUUUCUGACAUGCCAGCCGCUCUUCACACCACUACUGUACGGGCUGAAAAUGACCAAAAUACGCAUUGCAUGUGGAAAGUGCCUGAUGUCCUUACUGGUGAGCGGCAGCGUGAGGCAAACGGAGGAGCGACAGAGGUACCAAGGUUUCCCUUGUUAA